AAUAACUUCUUACAAAAAUGUAAAGCAAAAUUGUGUACUAUAGAUCGAUGGUCCGCCCUUUCCUGGACCCCAUAUAUACAGAAGCUUUGUGCACGGAGCUGCCCUUCAAUAUUUAAGAAAAUAAAAAAUAAUAAUAAAAAUUUUAUCUCCGUUGCCUAAGUACACAUACGGUAAAGUACGUUAAAUCAUAAAAAAAAAAAGGUGAAAUCUUUCUAGUAUUAAUUUCUUCACUCGCCAGUGACCAUAAUAAUUGUCUGUCUUGCCGUCGCUUGUAAUUCACAUCUCCCACUCACUCCCAGUACUUGUCAAUGGCCAACCAUACUACCGCCAUGCCCACGCUAGCCUCCCAAAUCUGCAACCAGAUCUCCUCCGUCUUCACCUCCGCCGCAGCCGCCGCCAAUCCGCCCGUCCUCGACCUCAUCGUCGGCGAAAUCAACGCCACCGUCACCACCCACAAGGGCAAGGUCUUCCUCUACGGCGUCGGCCGGGAGGGCCUCAUGCUCAGGGCCCUCUGCAUGCGCCUCGCGCACCUUGGCCUCCCUACCCACAUGAUCUUCGACAUGACCACGCCACCCAUAUCCGCCGCCGACCUCCUCAUCGCCUCCGCCGGCCCUGGCGGAUUCUCCACCGUCGACGCCCUCUGCGGCGUGGCCAGGUCGCACGGCGCGCGCGUGCUGCUGCUUACCGCCCAGCCGGAGACGGGAUCGUGCGUGAAGUACGCCACCGCGGUGGCUCACCUACCUGCGCAGACGAUGGCGGACGACGGAGCAGGCGAGGGAGGAACUCAGCCGGCGGUGCUGCCGAUGGGGAGCGUGUACGAAGGAGCCAUGUUCGUGCUGUUUGAGAUGGUGGUGUACAGACUGGGUGAGGUUUUUGGGGAGAGCCCCGAAGCCGUCCGAUCUCGCCACACCAAUCUGGAAUAAAAUUUUAUGUCCAAGGGUAUUUAUGGAAUAUGAUAAAUAAUAAAAUAAUAAUCUUAGCCUCA